CGCAUGGACGUUUUACUUCUCGUUGAUGAGGAUCCGUUCGUUUCCCGGACAGAACGACUAGCGAACUUGUAUUCACUAAUUAGAUCAGUGGAGAGGCUUGAGACGGCAUAUGUAAAUAGUGCCGCUCAUGCUGGCGCAUAUGAAGCCGCGUGCUCUGAGCUGAUCACUAAGUACAAAACUUUGCGCAAUGCUCUCGUGGACACUGUGCCAGAUGUGCACCGUUUUAUGCAAGUUGAAGAUUCCCCUCCUGCCAUUUGCUGCAACGCUCACGAUGAUCUACUUUGUGGCGUGACCCUUUUUAUAGGGUGCGCUUCCGUUUUCUGUAUCAGCUCACGCAUUUUAUCGUGGCGGAUCUCCAUGUCCGCUCGUGAUGUGUUCGCGACAGCAAGACACCGCUUGCAGAUAGGGAUGCCGGCUACUGUUGAGCACAGGGUUGUCCAUUUAGGCGAACCGCCUUCGGCAGUGAGUGUUGCCGAAUGCGUCCACAACUACAUUGCUAAGGAUCAAGUUGCCCCAUAUCUCUCAGAUCUUCUCACCAGUCUUUACAAAGUUCGGCAACUCCCGACAGAUUUCUCAGGGACAACAUUUGUCAGACGCUGGACUGUCCAGCUGGAUAAAAUGCGCGCAAGUGAUGAGCUUGGGGAAGAUGAGAUUAGACAACUACUAUACGAUACUGAGAACUCGUAUAACGCUUUUAUGCGGCUGCUCGGGGGACAUGAGCAACACGUUCUGCAGCAUCAGUCUUGAUGUUGAGAAGUCUUCGGUGUUCUACCAUAUUCAAAUCUGCCCAUGCAAGGGUGUGUAACGCAAAAUUGUGUCAGCGACUUAAUGAAAACUUGAUCCAGGUGGAUUGGUGUAUGAGACCAUGGCUCGUGUUCAUUCAAUUCGGCUUGUUUGAAUCAAGUGGUCCACCUCUCUUAAAGUAAGGUUCGAACGUUGCUUAGUUUCCUUAUGCUGCGUGGGCAUCAUUUUAUCACGUAGCUAGUCUUCGAAUGAAUAAUUAGGAUUCACAGC